UUCUUGCGGGACUGCUUGGGAAAAGAGGCUAGCGGUGGGGGUGUCGGCGACAGAGGAGGCGAUUGGUGGCCGGGAUGCAGAGGGCCCGAGGCAGAGAAGCUAGGACGCUUACAAUCGGGCCAGCGGGUGGUCGUGCGGGAGCCAGGGACGUCGGCCAACUUCCCCGGAGCAGGGUCUCGGUCCAGCCGGGGCUGGCUACCGAGCCUUCGCCGCCGAGGCUCUGACUCCGGGCAGCGCCAGCUUGCUUCCGGCGCUUGCUCGGAAAGUUUGGUCGGAACUGAACCCUUAAAAGCGGGUCCGCCUCCCGCCCUCGCGCCCGCCCGCCUGGGGCUGAGUCGCUAGCUGCGGUGGGCGGCAGAGCGACCGGGAGUUUCCUCUCACGCUGGAUGGAGCUGAACUUUGAGUGGCCAGAAGAGAGCGGUCGCCCAGGAAUCGCUGCACGCUGAGCUCUCCCAGCGAGACCCAGCGGCGGCUUUGGAUUUGGGGGGGCGGGGACCAGCUGCGCGCCGGCACCAUGUUUCUGGCCACUCUGUACUUCGCGCUGCCACUCCUGGAUUUGCUGCUGUCUGCCGAGGUGAGUGGUGGGGACCGCUUGGACUGCGUGAAAGCCAGUGAUCAGUGCCUGAAGGAACAGAGCUGCAGCACCAAGUACCGCACUCUGAGGCAGUGUGUGGCAGGCAAGGAAACCAACUUCAGCCUGGCAUCUGGUCUCGAGGCCAAGGAUGAGUGCCGCAACGCCAUGGAGGCCCUGAAGCAAAAGUCUCUCUACAACUGCCGCUGCAAGCGGGGCAUGAAGAAAGAGAAGAAUUGUCUGCGCAUCUACUGGAGCAUGUAUCAGAGCUUGCAGGGAAAUGAUCUACUGGAAGAUUCCCCGUAUGAGCCAGUUAACAGCAGGUUGUCAGAUAUAUUCCGGGCAGUCCCGUUCAUAUCAGAUGUUUUCCAGCAAGUGGAGCACAUUUCCAAAGGGAACAACUGCCUAGAUGCAGCCAAGGCCUGCAACCUGGAUGAUACCUGCAAGAAGUACAGGUCUGCCUACAUCACCCCGUGUACCACCAGCAUGUCCAAUGAAGUCUGCAACCGCCGCAAGUGCCACAAGGCCCUCAGGCAGUUCUUUGACAAGGUCCCGGCCAAGCACAGCUACGGAAUGCUCUUCUGCUCCUGCAGAGACAUUGCCUGCACCGAGCGGCGGCGACAGACUAUCGUUCCUGUGUGCUCCUAUGAAGAAAGAGACAAGCCCAACUGCCUGAAUCUGCAGGACUCCUGCAAGACAAACUACAUCUGCAGAUCUCGCCUUGCAGAUUUUUUUACCAACUGCCAGCCUGAGUCAAGGUCUGUUAGCAACUGUCUCAAGGAGAACUAUGCAGACUGCCUCCUGGCCUACUCAGGACUGAUUGGCACGGUCAUGACCCCCAACUACAUCGACUCCAGUAGCCUCAGCGUGGCCCCAUGGUGUGACUGCAGUAACAGUGGCAAUGAUCUGGAGGAGUGCUUGAAGUUCCUGAAUUUUUUUAAGGACAAUACAUGUCUCAAAAACGCAAUUCAAGCCUUUGGCAAUGGCUCAGAUGUGACCAUGUGGCAGCCAGCCCUCCCAGUACAGACCACCACUGCCACCACUACCACUGCCUUCCGAGUCAAGAACAAGCCUCUAGGGCCAGCAGGGUCUGAGAAUGAAAUCCCCACACACGUUUUGCCACCUUGUGCAAAUCUGCAGGCACAGAAGCUGAAAUCCAAUGUAUCGGGCAGUCCACAUCUCUGUCUUUCUGAUCAUGAUUACGAAAAGGAUGGUCUCGCUGAUGCCUCCAGCCACAUAACCACAAAAUCAAUGGCUGCUCCUCCCAGUUGCGGUCUGAGCUCACUGCCAGUGCUGGUGGUUACCACUCUGGCCACCCUAUUAUCUGUAUCCUUGGCAGAAACAUUGUAGCUGCAUUCAGAAAAUAUGGAAAGACAAGAGAGAGAAACAACCAACCAAGUAACCUGUUUCCUAUCCUCUUGUAUAUCUGAAAAUCCAGUUUUAAAAGCUCGGUUGAGAAGCAGUUUCAUCCAACUGGAACUCCUUUGUUGUUUUUAAGGAAGCUUCUUGUGACCUUGGGGGACUUCUGUGGAAGAACGGAUACAGGGCUAAUUCCAAACUCAGAAGGCUCUGUGGCAUGGUGUGGGUUAAGGGGACCAUUUGUAAACUGACUGUAAAGCAGGCUGAGGCUAUGGUUUUGAAGAUUAUGGUUAUGGUGGUGGUGGUGAUGGUGAUGAUGAUAAUAAUGAUGAUGAUUUUAACAACUUAAACUGUUCUCUUUGCUGGAUAGAACAGGAGAUAUUAUUGGUAAAGAUUAUUCCAUAUUUUGUUGAAUGGCUUUGAAUUCUAAUGACAUGACUACAGCCUAGUGUAGAUGGCAAAUGAAGGUCAGCCCCAAGAGUGGACUUUUUGGACUCCAUCUUGUACUAAUGUUCACCUUUCUAGGUACAUUCUUCACAGAGUAUUUGUGUACUAUCGACAAUUCUGUGACCCUCAAUGAAACAAAAAGCCCUGGUCACAUCUAAAUGUAGCACCUGUCAUUCAGUCCAGCAGAACAGAGUGGCUGUGGCCCUCACACAGUGCCUGGCUCGUUGACUGACACUCUGCUAUGCCUUUCCUGAGUGAGAAGCCCUUAAACUUAACAGGAGCCAGAUAUAGCUGAAGUGCAACUAUUAAUGCUUUUUACACUUACAAGGUCACAUGUAGAAAAGUGUUCCUUUACUAUUCAGUGAUUCCAGCUGUUGGCUUUCUACAUUUUGAAAGUAAUGAUACUACCCUCAUUUUUUUUACUGAUGGUUUAAUACAGAUACAUGUGCUGUGUUUUCCUCUCAUAAUUAGUAGUAGCUCCAAUAUUGACUUCACUGAUACGGCUCUCAAAAGCAGACCCCCAAGAAUCCCCCAUGCUUAGCAGAAAGCUGCAUCCCAUUACUGUGGGCAAGCAGGAGAAAGCUGAGCAGCCAGCCCAUGUCUUUCUCUGUCUUGAAAAACAAGGCUGCAUACAUGUGAAGAACGGGUCAAUUCUUGUAAGGGAUGCCACAGUUAGAUGGUAUGACUGGCACUCGACACAGCCCCAGCACCUUGGUUUUCAUGUUAUCUGACAAAGACAGCUUUGAUUGGGACUGGGCACAAGGGAUGCGACGGAGGUGUGCUACCCUCUCUUUCAGAGUUGAUCCCUGCUAGUGUACACGGAAGUGUCUUUGCUCCUGACUGCAGUGUCAUGGCCACCAUUCAGAGCAGUUCAGUCUCAAGGUCAUCAAGCAUCUCUGGUAUCUGACUCUAUGGCCUUCAGCAUGGACUGUGUCCCUGCAAAGUGGAAUGGUGGUUUAUGAAUCUUGAGGGCUAACAUGGAGUCUGGAAAGGUGAAUUGGUUGGCAAAGAUACACAGAACAGGAUAGGAUUCUCCCAGUGAGACAUCUGGCUUACAUAGCCAUUUUUCCUGGAGUCUCCUUCCUCACUUAAGCAGACCCUUAGGUGUGUAUCUAAAGUCUGCUUUAGACAGUCAGGUUCAGAAUCUGCAGAUGAUUGCAUACUGGCAACUAUGUUUUCCCAGAAGUGAAUGAAGGAAGGAAAGUCUUCCCUUCAUGGAGCCCUGAAAAUAUGAUCUUGCUUCCCACCCUCAGAAAGAUGGAGGAGGGAGCCCUAAUGCACAUAAUCUCCUGGUACCUGCUCCCUGCUCUCUGAGGUUUGCUUUGGAUGAAUAGCAGUUCAGCUGAGAAAGGGAAGAAAUCUAUGAAAGCCAAGAGAUAGACCUGGUUUUCAGCUCUUCUGGUGUUUGAAGUACAUUUAUAUCCAAAUGCUAAUGAAUACCAACGUAAAAUACUCAGUAGCAACAUUUUUUUUCAUGUCAAAAUAUUUCAAGGGGAAUGCAUCCAACAUCUAAGUGUACCUGAUCAGUGGGAAGUUCCAUGAAGACUCAUACGUACAGUGAAUAAAUACCUUGAAUGUGUCAAAACAUUUAGAAUGCCAGUCAUGUAUGGGAGCAUAUCUCUUACGGAGCAUAUUUUGUUUUAAUUAAGGUAUCUCCAUGUAUCUACACUGGACUAAUUGCAUAUGGGUCUGAUUGGAUGUGAUCCACCUUAGUAAACUAUCGAUUACCGAUGCAGUAUACUGCAGUUCUAAUUAGCUUCAGAGGACUAUAGAGGAAACCGGAGCCCUGUGCUAACAAGGGCAGCCUUCAGCCAAGCACCCAUAGAUAUGCAACAUGGAAAUUAAACUUUGAAAAGCUCUGUCACCAACAAAAAUCUCAUUUUCUUUUGGAAUAAAAGCAUAUUAGAGUUACCAGAUCUUUAAUUUGAAAACAAGUUGCUGAUAAGAUAAGCAGUGGGCAGGGCCUCAUUUAGGGACUACACAGUAGGGAGACAGUCAGAAACCUAGACGGAGUAAGUGGUCCUGUCAUUCAUGAUCUCAACUUGACGUGUGAGCUUGACAAAAUGAUUUGUCUGGAGACUGGAACAGGAAACGUGGCAGUCUACUCACCUGACUUUCUCCUGGAGCACUGACAAGAGCAGUUGGCGACUUUGUGUCCCACUGCUCUCCCUUUGCACAGACCCAGGUUUGGUCCACUAGAGUUGGAUUCCUUGCAGAAAGUCCUGCAUGGAAGUUAAUUUUGCCAUCAUAACGGACAGGUUUGUCCACACACUGAUUCAGACUGUAGCCCUGCCAUACUUCAGAAAGAGACAGAAGGCAACAGAGCUACAUGGAACAGAAACACUUGUUCAGUUUGACCUUGGAGGUCCUUGAACAGAUCGUGUUUCAAGUCUUUAGGAGAGCACAGCAGGGGAGAUGUGCACAGGGAGAGGAUUCGGCAUGGAAUGCUGCCUGUUUAUUUUUUCACAUUUUUUUUUUCAAAUCUCUGAUAGAAAAAAAAGUAAAUGUUGAAAUUGUAUAGGUUAUUUUUCAUCAAGUAAAGCAAAUUGUAUGUAGAUGUAACUGGAGGGUGUUUUCCAUUUUGUUUUUAAGACAGUUUCAUAUCUUGUGGUUAAACAGAAAUGUCUUAGAAGUUAUACCUUCAAGUUCAUCCCAAUACAGUACAGGGACUCUCCAGAGUGCCAGAGUUUAAUGUUUGGGUUGGUAGGGGCUUGUCUCUAUCUUGCCUGUACCCUGUGCUCCAUGGAUGCAGAUGGUUCGUUCCCAACUAUACUAUAUUUCCCAUGAGCCUUCUUGUCUGUAAGUCAGACACUCCCAAACAACCCAUCUGCUGAGUCAGAGAAGUGAGAGAGGGUGGAAAUGUGCUUGAACCAGUGUAUAGUUAGGGACAGAGAUGCAAAAGCAGUGGGGAUUUAUAAAAUUAGUAAUUAUCUUUAGAUUCCAACGAGAAUGUACUUCAGUUAUUACUUACAAAAUAAUAGACUCAGAGGA